CAUCCAGGAUAUCUUGUCACUUAAAUUCCACCGGCGAUGGCUAAUAUUAAGCUAGGAGCUCAUCUAUAAUGUUCUUCAAAGGCGAGACACGUCGUUUACGGAAUUUGGCGAAGACGUGGGGAAAACCUACUUAGACCCAUAAACACUCUGCAGUAUAACGGAGUCCAUUUCGUCAUUUGAGCGACAAGUCACAUGACAAAACAAGUCCUCACUCAUCGCGUUGGGCCUCUUUGCGUUGGGUUUGGCUUUAGUUGCUCACACUUUGGGAGCAGCAGGAGCAGCAGGAGGAGGAGGAGGAGGGGGAGGAGGAGCAGCUGGAGGAGGAGGAAGACAGACCCUGCAGCUGCGUUGCGGGUCCUCUCGUACCGCCAUGGCCUCCGCUCGGUUCCCGGGGGGGAAGAGUGUGGACGUGGCCGCCAACUGGACGGCUCCAGCGCCGGGCCGGCCGGUGUGCGUCAACGGGACGCCGUGGAUCCUCUACCUGUUGGAGGAGUGCGUGGACAACGUGUGGGAGUACUGCAGCGUGGUCAUCGGUCUCGUAUCCAUGUUCUGCUUUCUGAUGUCCACUCUGCCGCAGGUCUAUGAGGCCCAUCGGAAUGGUAAAGUGGAAGAGGCUAUGUCUUUCGGCUUUCUUUUCUUCCUCUUUAGUGGAGAUUUGACCAGCUUCGCGGGCUGUUACCUCACCAGCCAGCUCCCCAUUCAGCUAGUCACAGUGGUGUUCUACAUCUUCACUGACCUAAUUCUCAUCUCCCAGUUUCUCUACUAUAAGAUCAAGAACAGCUCCAGCAGAAAAAGCCCUGUGUUGAAGUGGCUGUGCUUCACGUGGUGUGGCGCUGCUACGUUAGUCCUGCUGGCUUUACCCAAACUCAUCGUAAAAAAUAAUGCAACUUUAGACCCCAAGAGUCCAUCUACCUCGAACUCGGUGGAAGUCACUGGCUAUAUAUGUGGGUACCUGGCAUCUAUAUUCUACCUCAGCUCCCGUUUCCCCCAGCUGUAUAAAAAUUUCCAGCGUCAGUCUACGGAGGGCACCUCCUACCUGUUGUUCGCCCUGGCCAUGAUGGGCAAUGGGACUUAUGGGUUCAGCGUCAUCGUGGUCCUGCCUGCACUGAAGGGCUCCAAACGGACCUUCAUCAUCAAACAUCUGGCCUGGCUCAUCGGCAGCCUGGGAGUCCUCAUACUUGACUUCUUUGUGACCGCCCAGUUCAUCAUGUACAGGAAGAACUGCUCGGCUAAAAGCAGCACACUACUCCGUGUCCCAGAGGUGGAGCCUCUGCUGCGUGAGGAGGUGGAACUGUCGAUGUUGUAGGACACUGAAGGGACACCAGCAUUUUGUUUUUUAUUCUUCUGGGAUGAUCGAUUCACUUAGAACAACUUCGCCGGAUGGUGGCAUAUGCAUUGUUCCAGCCGCCAUGUUGUGGUACCGGCAGGGAAUUCCAAGGCGCCUUUAAUUUAUUUAUUUUGCCGUGAAGAUGAUCGACUCUAUGGUAAAAGGAGAGUCAGCGCUUUGUCUUUAUUCCAGGGGGAUUAAGUUAAGUCACAUUAAAGUAUCACUUUAGAGCCAUCUUUGUUCUGGCAGUCGAGUUAGCUCCAAGGGAAUAUUGUCCUGUUUAUGAAAACUGGUAUUACUCGAUUCUCUUUUGGAUGGAAUAAUCUUUUGGGAUCAUUGCAAGCUUUAUGGCAGAACGAAGUGCCUGUUGUACUCACACAUUCUGACAAGGUAAAUACAGCUGGACAGGGUGGCAACAUUAUGGUAAGUAAGGGUCUUACCUGAUAAGGUAAUGGAGAGCCAUAAAGUACAGAGAUUAUGCGAGCACAGUGAUAGACUGGUAGUUGUUGUGGAUGGUUAACUGGCUAACAGGAAUUAGUCAUAAACUCAACGUAGGAUUAUUAUGUUUUUUCGGACAUUUCUUUUCAGCGGAUAUUUUCGUAGCAGCACGGGUUGUUCGCCCUGGCCAUGAUGGGCAAUGGGACUUAUGGGUUCCCUCCACAUAGCAAAAGCCUGCCUCUAUGGGUUUCUAAUGACUUAUUUUCUAAUUCAAAGGGAUUUGGGAUUUCUUGAUUCAAUCUUUCUUUUUUUGUAGAGAAACAAGUUUGUCUUUUCUCCUUUUUUUCUUAUAUACAGUUUUAGAACAAUGUGUCAUUUAAGAAUUUAAAUAGAAAAAUGUAACAUAAGUUAAUUUUGUUACUAUGGCCUGUGGUUUAUUUAAUCAACAUGCUGUUUUUCUAUGUUCAUUGAGUAUGAUCUGCCUCUGCUAUUGCGAUGAUCAACUGCUACUGUUUUCCUGUAGUUGUGUUCUCUUUGCUUUUGGAACAUUUUCCAAAUAUUGAAACCCAUUCUUUGAUCAAGAAUAUAUUACUUCAUGAUGAUGUUUUUUGUUAGAUCUAAGAAUAGCAACAUUGUUAAUGAUUCAAAUUAGUUUGCACAUUUGUUGUACUCUGAAAGCAGAAAAUAUCAAAUAUUUAUUUUUAAAAUAUCUCUUUUAUUCUUAUUAGCUUCAUUGCAACUGUUCAAAUAGUAACAGAAAACCAAUUAAUGACAACAAAUCAGAGCAAAAAUAAAACCGAACAAAUAUGCCUUUUGAUGACCAGCACUUCAUUGGACUUUCACUGAAAUCAUUAGGAAAACUUAACAGCUUGUUAAUCUUGGACCAAAUAAUACACAACGUGUGUGUGGUGCUGCAUAACUAAACGAGAGAUCUGCACUUUUUGCUACCUCAUUGUGGUGAGGAGACAAUUUUCUUUCCCCAGCAUACAGGAAGAGCUGACUCACAUCUUGCAUUUAAAAUAAAGAGUAAAAUAUACAAUUCCAUUUGUAGCGUCCAAACUACAGUGUUUUCUUAGAGAAUUACAGUAAAGUAUAAGUUCCAUCAAAGCGGACUGGCUUUCUAUUAGCCAGCUGAUGCAAUCAUCUGGAUUUAUGUAGAUGUUGGGGGGGAUUUCUUCUGACAAUAUGUUUAUUGAAAAGGGAAAUUUAUUUGCAAAUAUAUGCAAUUAAGGUCACAUCUUUAUACAAAAACAAAAUUUUUUGCAAAUGAGUUUUGUAUUGUACGAUUCAUACUUUGAUCGCUUUCCCAUUCCUUUUAUACAAGUCUGAUGUAGUUUUCAAGCAUGGACAAAAAAUGUAUGUGAAUAUUUUUACUGUAGAAGAUACUUAUUGGUCACACUGUACUGCUCUUAUGUAUUUAUUUUCUUAAAAUUCUGAACUGUACAUUGGUAAUAUUGCAAAUGUGUGUUCUGAUGUAAAACCACGCUAUGUAUGACAAUAACUAUCUAUAUUGUACAAAGCUUUAAUAAACUACAAUAUACAGUA